GACUAGAAGGAGAGGAGCAGCAGAGAAAAGGAGGGGAAGAAACAACCAUUGAGUAGCGGCUUACCUCCAGGGGGAACUAAAGUGCAAGGGAGAGGAGCACGGAUUGAUGAACUGACCGUCUGGUUAAAGAGAGAGAAACUGACCAUCUGGUUAAAGAGAGAGAAACUGACUAUCUGGUUAAAGAGAGAGAAACUCUCCAUCUGGUUAAAGAGAGAGAAACUCUCCAUCUGGUUGAAGAGAGAGAAACUGACCAUCUGGUUAAAGAGAGAGAAACUGACCAUCUGGUUAAAGAGAGAGAAACUGACCAUCUGGUUAAAGCGAGAGAAAUUGACCAUCUGGUUGAAGAGAGAGAAACUGACCAUUUGGUUAAAGAGAGAGAAACUGACCAUCUGGUUAAAGAGAGAAAAACUGACCAUCUAGUUAAAGAGAGAGAAACUGACCAUCUGGUUAAAGAGAGAAGAGAGAAACUGACAAUCUGGUUAAAGAGAGAGAAACUGACCAUCUGGUUAAAGAGAGAGAAACUGACAAUCUGGUUAAAGAGAGAGAAACUGACCAUCUGGUUAAAGAGAGAGAAACUGACAAUCUGGUUAAAGAGAGAGAAACUGACCAUCUGGUUAAAGAGAGAGAAACUGACAAUCUGUUUAAAGAGAGAGUAACUGACCAGCUGGUUAAAGAAAGUGAUAAAGACCGUAAUAAGAGAUGAGAGCAGAACUGAACUGACCGGUCUGUUUCCCGCAGCUCCAACAUGAACUCUUCCUCCUCUGAUGUGAACCAAAGCAGCUCUCCUUUCUGCCUGCUGGGCCUGGGCUACUCCUACAACCUCAACACCUGCGUGCUGGAGGUAUCCGUCAUUCUCUUCCUCACCAUCCUCAUCAUCAGCGGCAACCUGGUGGUGAUCUUUGUGUUCCACUGUGCUCCACUGCUUCACCACCACACCACCAGCCACUUCAUCCAGACCAUGGCCUACGCAGACCUCCUGGUGGGGGUGAGUUGUCUGGUGCCCUCCCUGUCCCUGCUCCACUACCUCAAGGGGCUGGACGAGGAGCUCACCUGUAAGGUGUUUGUCUACCUGGUGUCUGUGCUGAAGAGUGUGUCCAUGGCGUCUCUGGCAUGUAUUAGUGUUGACCGCUACAUCGCUAUCACACGGCCGUUCUCCUAUGCUACGCUGGUCACACCAUGUCGCCUGCGGGUCUGUAUCGGCCUCAUCUGGCUCUACUCCGCCCUCAUCUUCCUGCCCUCCCUCUUCGGGUGGGGGAAGCCUGGCUACCAUGGAGAUAUAUUUCGCUGGUGUGCGACCUCGUGGCAGACCGAUCCGGGCUUCAGCUCAUUCAUCGUGGCUGUGCUGUAUGCUCCAGCUACCCUCACUGUGUGUUUCACCUAUGGGAGUAUCUUCCGCAUCUGCCGUCAGCACACCCGCAAGAUCACCCAACGCCUCACACGCUUCGGCCCCCAGGGGAACGAGAGGGGCGAGCGUGGUGAAGGGUGCCUGGAUAAGCGCUACGCCAUGGUGUUGUUCCGUAUUACCAGCGUGUUCUACGUGCUCUGGAUGCCCUACAUCGUCUACUUCCUGCUGGAGAGCGCCGGCCUCUAUUGCCACCUGGUGGCCUCCUUCCUCACCACAUGGCUAGCCAUCAGCAACAGCUUCUGCAACUGCCUCAUCUAUAGUCUCUCCAAUAGCAUGUUCCGGAAGGGCCUGGGCCGCCUGUUCACGUCACUUUUCUCCCCCUGUCUGGAACUGGACUGCUGCACCGAGGGGAAGAAGGGUCCUGCUCCACCCAGCCAGCGCCCAGCCCAGGCCUGCUAGGUGUGACAGUCUCCUACAGACACUGUCUGGUUGGUUAGCUACAGUAAGCUAAGGCCUCAGCUUUAGCUCCUGGUGAGUGCAGUGUAUUACUACAUUGCAUAUCACAGGGUGUCUCGCUACAAUGGUAGUGCAUAGACCCCUGAGGCCAGGCCAGAGAGGUGCCCAUGUCUAUGCCCUUCAUUUCAGAGGGGUGGUUUACAGAGGGGUGGGGUUUUCUCCAGUCUUUUUCUGCAGUGUUCUCCCAAGCGUGGGCUGUCUGUUUCUGGCUGUGUGGAUCACCACUGUGCAUGGAGGAGAAGGUGUAAGGUAGUUUAGAUGAACAUCAGAAUGGAUCUGAGGAAAAAAGUAGCAACUCCAGUCGUAUAGCUCUGGUGCCAUGUUUGGCGCCUGUGAAUCUUUAGCCGACCAAAUAUCUUCCAAAUGCAAAAAAAAAGGACAAUAUCAGCACAACACGACUUGUAUUGUGUAAACCACUGCAGUGAAAAACGUUAUUUCAACAUUGAUGCAAAACUGUUACAUUGUGUUCUUUCAGGGUAGACAAUAGUGAAUCAAAACAAGUAUUUUGACAAAAAAAGUACUAAAAAGACUGUAUUUCUUCUCUUAGAAACUGCAACAGACAGUUUCCAUUUUGUAGCAGUUAUUGAAAAAUUCAAAUAUUUGAGUGUCAAAUGAUCUGUUAAUGAUGCUGUGCAUGACAUUACAGUAUUACAUACAGAAAGGAUACCAGUUACCAGUGACAGUCCGUUUCCAAGAAAAUAAUUUAGUUGGUACAGAAGCGUAUUUUGUGUAUUUUAUCAAAAGGAUUCUUCUAGGCGGGAAUGUUGAUGUAUAAAAUUGCCAAUUUUGGCAAGAUGGCCGACUCUAUGCCCACCGGCAUUCUGGUUUAUCAUGGAGCUAUGUCUUCAUUCUGCAUUCUCAACAAGGAGACAAGUAGAUUUAUUUGAGAAUUGUAUGUUCUGUCCAUGUUCCCUCAGGUUGAACGUCAGUUGUUUGUUCACCCUUAAUUGCUGAUGCCUUUAGACUGGUCUUGAAAUUGCAAAUGCAUGACAUGCUCCACAUUAUAAUAUGGCAGCAAUAACAUAGUCAAGAUGUUCUUAUAGAUUGGAAUUGCAUCAUGUUAGGCAUGCUACCGAUCCAGAUGCACAGCAAAAUACAAAGAGAGACACACUCAUUACCGUGUGCAUGCUGACUACUUACAGUCGAGCUAUUCUCUCCCUCUGUGCUCCUUGGCUCCUGAUAUCUGUACAGAUGAACUGAGUGGAGGAGUAGCACAUUAAUCUAGACUGUCCUUCUAGAAGGCAGAAGGGUCAUGGAGACAAUGUGUUUCUAAGGGUUUCAUGUAAAGUAGGUUUAGGUGGAACUCCAGUGGGUCUCGAAGCCUUGUAUGGACAGUAGAUUUGUGAAUUGCUUAUAGGUUUCUAUGUGAACUAAGUUAGAUCUGAUAUGUAGGAUAGGAGAGCAGACUUUCGUCAGUGUAAACUUCAUUGAAACAAUAGAAUAAAAGGCGCAAAGGUGAUUGUUUUGUAUGUGCGGGACUCUUCUUAUAUGACGAACCCAUGGGCACCCAGGUGUAGACAAUCACUCCCUCACACGCACAGUAGAGCAAGCUAGGGCCAACCUACCGUGGCAAUUAAGCAAAGAGCAUUUUAAGAUGGGUCUGCAGUGCAGCACUCUGUAUUCUUAUCCCCAGGAAAGAUUGCAUUCCAUUCUAGGAAUUUCAAGAACCACAAGGACAGCAUGCAGGCAUUUUUUUUACUAUAGUGUGUAUGCAAAGCUUGUAUACAACAUCUGUUAUGUUUCAAAAAUGAACUGUUCUGUAUGUUUUUGGAUAUCUGUUGCAAGAAUAGUGUGUCACUGUGGCGUUAUGACAGUUGAUAUCCCAGGUUAAUAUAGGAUAAUCCUAGAUUUUUUCAAAUAAAUAAUGGGUGAGACAAUCAACACUCAUUUUAGGAUGAUGCUAUGGAAAUGACUUUUUCCGGCUAUAGCCUACACAACAAUUUAUGAUGGUUUUUAAAUAGCAUAUUAUACAGUAUUUCCUUUAGGUCGUCUAGUUUUCAGAAACGUCACCUUUCCGGGAACGACCUUUGUAGUUCAAGAAAACAGAUGGGUCUUUAUGGCUGUGUUUACACAGCCACACUAAGAACCCAAUUCAGAUUUUUUUCCUGACUGUCCACACUCAGUUUUAUAUGUGACCCAUAUCAGAUUUGAGCAUUCUAUCUGAAGUAGCACAUAGAUUCAAUGCUCCAUUCCUGUCAGUGUUCCUUAACAUCUUUGGGUAGUCGUCUUGGUAACGGCACUUCAGAGCAAAAAAAUCUGAUCUGUGCGUCCAGACUGAGGUUGCAUAUGGAGCAUCAGAACUGUAUCAGAAUUGAGAUCCACAUAUAGAUGUGGUAUAAAUCUGAACUCAAAAGAUCAGAUUCCAAAAGAUCAGAUUUACACAGGGAAAAGGCCAUGUCAGAAAAGAGUCUGUAUUUAAUUAGAAUAUUUGAAAAGAUGUCUGUUUUUCCUCAGGGGCCAUCUGUAGGGCUUCCUUCUCCCAUGCUGCUGUCUCUGUUUGUCUGUUUGUGCAGUGGGGGUCUGUGCAAUACAAGUCUCUGUCCUCUCCCAAUUCUUCUCAAGACAGUAAAAACAUAUCAGUAGUGGUAUUACUUUUAUUUAUUUACAUUUUUUCCAGGCAGGUCCAUUUAUAACCAAUUCUUAUUUACAAUGACUGCCGGGGCCUGCCACAAAAGAGCUCUUCUUGGAUAUCUAACACAAGCUUGUUGGUAAACUGCAUUAUGCGCAUGUGAUAUUUGAUAUCUAUCUGUAUCUGAUUGGAGAGUAGUUCUGCAUUAUCUGGCUCACAUGACUGUUCUAGAAUGGGAGCAUGUAGUGUGUGUUCUAUUGCGCUCAAAUGACUAGAAACGUGAGCGUUUGUUUUAUACUGAGCUCACAUGAAUGCUCUUCAAUGGGAAAGUACAGUACUCAAUGUACUUUAGGUUACACUUCAUUUUAAGGGGUUCUUAUUACAGUUCAAUUACAUGUGUAAUUACUUACCCAUGAAUAUAAUUACUUACCCAUGAAUGUGCACUGUUGAAAAUAUAUCUCCACUCAAUGUUAUUGCUAGCACUUGCCACCAAAAUAAAGUGUACCAUCUGGGUUAACUUGGUCAUCCCAGAUGAGGAAAAACACACUAUUUCAAGCAUACUGUAGUACAUGGAAUGUUUGCCUAAAUACAAUGUAAUUAUUAGGUGUUACACAGGAUUCAGCUAGUUAUAAUGAAGUGUAUCUUGAGAGGUACUUACUUGUAAUUAAUGUGUACUUGUAUAGUACACUACCCAUCCUGACAACCUGGCCCUCAUUUGAAAGCUUCUGGAAGUUUCACUUCAUAUCUGUACCUUAUUGUGAAAUGAAGUGAAACUUCCAGAAAUGUUGAAAUGAGGGCAGGUUUGGGAUGGGGAGUUGUAAUGUAUUUAGAUUGGAACCGCGACCACCAUCUCAACUCUCCUAUGAUUUCUGAUAAGGAAUAAUUUAUCAUUAAUUCUGAGGAAUACAGAGAGAUAAUGGCCAAACUUGAAAUAUUGAAAUCUAAAAUGUUUCCUGGUGUUGUGUUUUUGAUUAACGUGUAACUGAACAACUAGUUUUUUAUACAUACUGAACAGGAAAGAGACUUUUGCUUUGCUGCCACCAUUAGAAACUCCACAAGUGGUGUUUUGUUGCACAUUUUAACUAAAAUAUAAGGUGGAACAAUGCUGGUUUUCCAAUGUAAAAAGCAAGCUCUUCAACAAAUGUUCUGUACCUCACGUGUUGGUGACUGUACCUGACGUGAUGAUACGUACUGUAUGUAUUUUAUGACAAUUACUGAUGACCAUUUUGAUUCUGA